AUCUACAGAUAUCAGGCACACCAAUAUAAAGAACACCUUUUAAACAAACCUGAGAAGAACUGAGGGUCAGGGAAUAUUGAAGAGUUUAUGUGUGAAUUUCAGCACCAUUUAUGAAGCCUCGACUUCCAACAAAGUAGGCAGAUUUCCCUUCUUCACGUGCUUCCUUUAUAAUGGGCCACAGCUUCAGUCUGUCUUCUUUGUCCUCUCUCGUCAGGUCUUCAGUGAACCGCAGAUGAUUAUUUUGAAGGAAAGUAUUGUUCUUGGCAGCUUUCCACACCGCAUCACGAAUUCUCCUUGAGAUGAACCGGAUGAUGAUCCCUCUGGGUCUCGGGUCAUUUUGUUUUGGUUUCCCCACUCGAUGAGCGACGUCUAAGACCUCUGGAAGCUUUUCCUUUUCUGCAGGCAGAACCGUUUGGCAUAUCUCAAUCGCCUUUGCGCGCACAUCUUCUUUCUGCAACUCCGGUACCCCACACAGUCUCAGGUUCCAACAGCGGUUGUAGCGUUGAACUUCAGAGAUGCGUUCGUCACAUUUCUGUGUAAGCCUUUCGUUUUUCUCAACCCUCUUCUCAAUGACCAUAAUCUUAUCACUUAUGUCCUUUAAUUCCGUACGAACUGUUCCUACCAUUUCUUCAAUGCUGUCACUUCUGGUGUUGAUCAGAUUGAUCAAAGUGUUGACCGCAUCAGCUUUCAGGGAGUCGCCAUCAGAGUGACUGGUAAACAAUGUUGUUUUUUUAGCCACUGGAGGCUUGGAAGGCGUAACUGGUAGUGGUGGAAAUUCUUCUUCAACCAUCUGCUGACAGUCCAUUUCUUUCAUGUAGUUAUGGUUGCUAGCUAGCAUGCUAGUUGCAUGUGGUUUGCCCGAGUUACUCAGCCUUUUCUAAGCAGAUUUCGACAUGUUGUGUCCUCCAGUUUAACCAGCACAGACUCAGGUGUGUCAUCACUUCCUUGUUACCUGCACAGGUACAGCCGGCGCUUUGACAGGACACUUUUAUGUGAAGGAAGAGAAACGCUGAUGUAAAUAUUCUGAUGUCAUCAGCCUCAGGCCGUGUCAUCGCGCUGUCAUAGUGGCUCCACCCACAGAUGCUGGGUGGUGCAGUCGGCUCAAAGCUAUUUGAACUUUCUCCUGUGGCUGAUUGGACGUCCAGCUGUGUGACGCCCUGUAUGAUGUGAUCAUGACGUUUGUCGUCUGUGGCGCCCCCUGCAGGUGUUCCAGAUGAUCGUUGAAGGACACAGGAGGGAAGAGAGAAGGAGGAAGGAGGUGGGCUGUCAGAGCGAGGGGGCCGAGAGGAGGGACGCCGCCGUCCAGGUGGAUCUGCUGACUCAGCAGCUGAGCUGGAGACACUCAGGUGUUUCCUGCCACUGCGGCGCCGUCCAGGUGGAUGAAUCAGCAGGGGGUGCUCUGCUGCAGCUCUGCAGGAGUCAGGCAUCACGCUGCGGGCCCUACGGCACCGACCGCCCUGCCCUGCUACCCAGCGUGCCUCUGUUCUCCGAGCACAAGUCGUCUAUUUCACCCAGCAUGCCUCCCCCGACUCCUGCGGACGUCUUGGCUGCUCCUCCUGGACUCAUUGCUCCCCUGAGCCCGGGGCUGGCCGAAGAGGAGGAGCAGGAAGAGGAGCAGGAGGUGCACGUACCUGAGGAGGAGCGACUCUGCUCUGAGAAUGUGGCAUUUAAAGAAAAGAAGAAGAUGGUGGUGGGGAGGUGGCCUGAUGGUGGUGAAAGACAAAAGUCAUCACUGGCUGACAAAUCGACCGAUCACAUGGCAGGAAAUGCGCCCGGGAAGAGGAGGAGACUAAAGAUGAAGCUUCUGGAGAAGGAUGAGGAGUCCCACACCAGCAAGCGAGGAGAGAAACAAACAACCCGGAUCCAGGAGAGGAAGGAGAACGAGGGGCAGGAGGAGAGGGGAGGGGAGGAGACCAUGAAAGAAAGGGGAGGAGUCAAAUCUGUCAUAAUGAAGACUGAGAAGGUGGAGUGUCGGAGACCAAGGAGGAGGAUGGUCGGCCCGACAGUCAGAUACCUGCUGGAGUCUGAGCAGCAGUCACAUGGGCCAACAGCAGCCAAUCACAGCAGAGCGAGCAGAGACGUGCGGAGGAGGAAGAUGGGGAGGCCGAGGAAGCAGCAGAAGGAGCUGGAUGACAGCAGCACGGUGGAGUCCUCAGCAAACGGAGGAGCAGAGAGAUGGUGGAAGCUCUGCCAGGUGUGUGGUCUGAACUUCACCAGCCAGGCGUCUCUGGAUCGCCACCUGUCCGUCCACAGACCGGCUUCGAGCUGCGCACAAGCUGCUGCUGACCAACAGCAAGAACAAACCAAUGACGCGCAGGGUGAUGCAGAGGAGAGGGAGGAGCCGCAGAGGAGGACAGUCUGCCAACCAAUCAGGUACCUACUGGAGUCAGAGGAAACAUCACAUGGUUCUGGAACAGCCAAUCAGACCAAUCAGGAGGCAGCUACCAAAACCACAAGAAGGAGAGGAAGAUCAAAAGAUGCUGUUGGGGGCGGGGCUUCAGAGGUGAUUGACAGGCCUGAGACUAAUGCUAAAGACACAGGUCACAUGGUCACAACAGGAGGAAGAGACGAAGGAGAGGAGGAGCCUCACAGGACAAAGAGGACGAUGGUUGGCCGACCAAUGAGGUACCUGCUGGAGUCAGAGGAAACAGGUGGUGUCAGAACGUCCAAUCAGGAUGCAGAAAACAAACCCACACAGCGCAGGCGAAGACCAAAAAAUGUUUUUGACUUCAAUGAGGCUGGGGGCGGGGCUUCAAAGAUGACUGACUGUUCUGAUACUGAAGAUAAAGAAACGGGUCACAUGGUCUCAACGGGAGGAAGACAGGAAGAGGAGGAGCCUCAGAGGCCCAGGAAGACCCUCCUCACAGCACACACCGAGGCUCCUUAUUGGUCAAGAAACAUCAACUGUGCGAGAACACGUCCCAGCUGGUUGGUCGAAUACUGGACCCUGAACAGGAGUGGGAAUGGAAGGAGGGGGACAGAGAGGAGCAGAGUGGAGGAGGACGACGAAGAAAGGGAGGCGCAACAAGUCUGUGUGGAGAAGGAGGAGGAGCCUCAAAGGCCGAGGAGGACGAUGGUUGGCCCACCAAUCAGGUACCUGCUGGAGUCAGAGGAGGCAACAUGGGGUUCUGGAACAGCCAAUCAGACCAAUCAGAAGGCAGCUAACAAACACACAAGGAGGAGAGGAAGAUCAAAAGACUCUGUUGGAGGCGGGGCUUCAGAGAUGACUGACUGUUCUGAUACUGAGGAUAAAGACACAGGUCACAUGGUCUCAAUGGGAGGAAGACAGGAAGAGGAGGAGCCUCAGAGGCCCAGGAAGCCCCUCCUCACAGCACCCACUGAGGCUCCUUAUUGGUCAAGAAACAUAAACCGUGCGAGAACACGUCCCAGCUGGUUGGCCGACUACUGGACGCUGAACAGGAGUGGGAAUGGAAGGAGGGGGACAGAGAGGAGCAGAGUGGAGGAGGACGACGAAGAAAGGGAGGCGCAACAAGUCUGUGUGGAGAAGGAGGAGGAGCCUCAAAGGCCGAGGAGGACGAUGGUUGGCCCACCAAUCAGGUACCUGCUGGAGUCAGAGGAGACAACAUGGGGUUCUGGAACAGCCAAUCAGACCAAUCAGAAGGCAGCUAACAAACACACAAGGAGGAGAGGAAGAUCAAAAGACUCUGCUGGAGGCGGGGCUUCAGAGAUGACUGACUGUUCUGAUACUGAGGAUAAAGACACAGGUCACAUGGUCUCAAUGGGAGGAAGACAGGAAGAGGAGGAGCCUCAGAGACCAGGAAAGACAGUCAGUCCACCAAUCAGAUGCCUUCUAGAGUCAGAGGCGUCUGCCCUCCACCAGUCCGUCCACAGACCAAAGCGACCUUUCGGCUGUCACCUCUGUAACAGGAAGUUCAGCCGUGCCAGCAGGCUGUUCCUGCACCAAUGCGAUCAGCACCACAGCAAUAUAGGUGGUCUCUACGGCAACGGAUGUAGGGCUGCCCUGAGCAACGCCCAAGCUCCUAAAAACAAACGGGAAAAACAGACCACCCAGGAUGACAAGGAGGAGGAGCCUCAGAGGCCCAGGAAGCCCCUCCUCACAGCACCCACCGAGGCUCCUUAUUGGUCAAGAAACAUAAACCGUGCGAGAACACGUCCCAGCUGGUUGGCCGACUACUGGACGCUGAACAGGAGUGGAAAUGGAAGGAGGGGGACAGAGAGGAGCAGAAUGGAGGAGGAUGACGAAGAAAGGGAGGCGCAACAAGUCUGUGUGGAGAAGGAGGAGGAGCCUCAAAGGCCGAGGAGGACGAUGGUUGCCCCACCAAUCAGGUACCUGCUGGAGUCAGAGGAGGCAACAUGGGGUUCUGGAACAGCCAAUCAGACCAAUCAGAAGGCAGCUAACAAACACACGAGGAGGGCAGAAAGAUCAAAAGACUCUGUUGGAGGCGGGGCUUCAGAGAUGACUGACUGUUCUGAUACUGAGGAUAAAGACACAGGUCACAUGGUCUCAAUGGGAGGAAGACAGGAAGAGGAGGAGCCUCAGAGGCCCAGGAAGCCCCUCCUCACAGCACCCACUGAGGCUCCUUAUUGGUCAAGAAACAUAAACCGUGCGAGAACACGUCCCAGCUGGUUGGCCGACUACUGGACGCUGAACAGGAGUGGGAAUGGAAGGAGGGGGACAGAGAGGAGCAGAGUGGAGGAGGACGACGAAGAAAGGGAGGCGCAACAAGUCUGUGUGGAGAAGGAGGAGGAGCCUCAAAGGCCGAGGAGGACGAUGGUUGGCCCACCAAUCAGGUACCUGCUGGAGUCAGAGGAGACAACAUGGGGUUCUGGAACAGCCAAUCAGACCAAUCAGAAGGCAGCUAACAAACACACAAGGAGGAGAGGAAGAUCAAAAGACUCUGUUGGAGGCGGGGCUUCAGAGAUGACUGACUGUUCUGAUACUGAGGAUAAAGACACAGGUCACAUGGUCUCAAUGGGAGGAAGACAGGAAGAGGAGGAGCCUCAGAGACCAGGAAAGACAGUCAGUCCACCAAUCAGAUGCCUUCUAGAGUCAAAGGAAACGUCAUAUGAUUCUGGAACAGCCAAUCAGACUGAUCAGGAGGCAGUUACCAAGUUCACAAGAAGGAGAGAAAGAUCAGAUGCUGUUGGCCUCUGUGAGGCUGGGGGCGGGGCUUCAGAGAUGAUUGACAGGCUUGACGCUAAAGUUAAAGACAUAAGUCACGUGGUUGAAAAGGGCAGAAGAAAGGGAGACGAGAAGAAGGAGGAGCCUCAGAGGCUGAGGAGGACGAUGGUCGGCCCACCAAUCAGGUACCUGCUGGAGUCAGAGGAGCUGUCACGGGGUCAAAGAACAGCCAAUCAGGACACAGAAAACAAACCGACACACAGCAGACGGAGCCCAAAAAAGAUGUCUGUCUUCCACAGACCGAAGCGACCGUUCGGCUGUCAGAUCUGCAACAGGAAGUUCAGCCGUGCCAGCAGACUGUUCCUGCAUCAUUGCGAUCAGCACCGCAGCAUCGUAAACAGUUCCCAAGGCAACAGAGUUGGGAUGGCCAUGAGCAGUGCUCGAGCUUCUGAUGACAAACGGAAAGAAGGAACCCAGGGUAAGGACGAGAAUGGGGAGGAGCCUCAGCGGCAGCGGAGGAGGAGAGUUGGCCCACCAAUCAGAUACCUGCUGGAGUCAGAGGAGUUGUCACAAGGUCUUAGAACAGCCAAUCAGAGUACAGCAACCAAACCCACACAAAGGAGAGGAAGAAUGAAGGCUGGUGGUCUCACUAAGGCUGGGGGCGGGGCUUCACAGAUGAUUGAUAGGUUUGAGGCUGCCUUUGCCACAGAGAGACAGACAGGUGUGCACAGGCAGACUUACCUGGUUCACAGAGACCUGCAGGAUGGUCAGGUGACCAUCUCCCCCUGCUCUGUCACAAUGCAGCGCCUCCUCUGAUUGGCUGAUGACGUUCUUGUUAAACAUGUUUGUUUAAAUUUUUUCUAUGAAGUCUGGUUUCAGUGAUUUUAGGUGUGUGUGUGUGUCACACUGUUUUUGAACAAUAAAA